UCCAGUUUGGUAAAAUUAAUUAAUUGUUAUUAUCCAAACAAAUAGGUUAUAUUUUACAAAUUUUGUGUUCCUUUAACUUUAUAAUUAGUGUAUUUUGUACUAAACGUUGUUUUGGUUGAUAAGCAGGCAGUAAUUAUCAUGUUUUUUGUGAAGUAACAAGCCAUUUUAAAAUGUACAUAAAGCGUAUGUUUCUCAAAAAUAUUGCAUAAAAAUAAGCUUUGAUGUAAUUUCUUUUUAAAAGUUAUUAUGCAUUUUUUGAAAGUAAAGAACGUCUUAUGGGUUUCUUUGUAUUCGUGGAUGUAGAGAAUGCAGAAAAAAAUUAAGAUGAACCUGAGCCAUAAAGAAUCAAAUUUAGAACGUGUAGAAGACAACCAAGUAAAACUGAAAACAACGAUUGAAAAGAAAGAUCAAGCAAGAAAACAUGCAGAAGACUCGGCACUUGAAAUAUCAGACAACAUUAUCAUUCAUUAUAUGCUAAAUUUCAAAGAUCUAUGUCUGGUGACCCUAGCAUGUCCAUUAAUUACUAUUUUGACUUGUUUAAUUACUGGUUUUAUUUUUCAAUGGGAUGAUAUACAUGAAACUCAUUGUCGGGUUUACAAUAUUAUACCUUCUAUAAGUGCAAUAACAGGCAUCAGUCCCCAAAAAUAUUUGUGGAGAGUUAGUAUAGCAGUUCAUCUUGGACCAAGACUGCUGGUAGCAGCUGUAACCAGAUCAUACAAUGACAAUUUGAUUGCAAAAGCAAGUGCAAGGAAUCAAGAAGAAGCAAAAAAAUGGAUUGAUUUUACGUUUUGGCUGCAGCUCCUUGAAAUAGCAUGUUUAACUGGAGUGACUUACAUUUCAAAUAGGGAAAACUAUCCUGCUCAUGAGAAACUCUUUAUAACGUUUAUGGUAAGCAGUAUUUUACACAUGUGGUCGUCCAUAAAGUCUACCAUGAAGAUUGCCCAUAUUGUUGGGAAUCAUGAAGUGAUUAUUGAAAAAGUGAGGAUUAAAAAGAAGCUGUUGAGUGUAUCGAUUGCAAGUAUUAUUGGAAUAAUCGGUUUCUUCCUGCAACAUAGAUUUCUUUGUCACAACUUGGCUUUCAGUUGGUUCGCAUUAUGCGAAUAUAUUUUUGCCACAACAAAUAUCAUCUUCCAUUUUAUUACAAUGAUGGACUUCCCCAAUGAGUUUUUAGUGAUAGGAAAGGGCUUCUCAAAGUCUUCCUUGCACAAUCCUAAGGUAGCCUAAUAGUCAAAAUUUUAACAACAAUUCGAGCUAGUCAUUUUAUUUUAAUUUAUGAACGUUAUGAAUACUCUAAAAGAUUGAAUUUAGACUGCACUUUCGUAGAUAUCCAAUACACCUUUUUGCCAACUUUUAAAAUAAUAUAUACAUGCAUAUAUUGAUUGUAUUGUGUAUUUUACAAAUUUGUUUUUUGUGAACUGUAAUCUACCUAAUUAACUGUUACUAUUAAACCAUUU